AUGGCGGAAUCGGAGAUGAGCGUCAGGAGCUGUAGAGAAUUAUGGACCAUACUGCUGGGAAGGUCUGCGCUGCGAGAGCCGGCUCAGAUAGAGGCAGAGCUCGACAGACACUGGGACAGACUCCAUCAAGGACUUAGUUACUACAAGCCACCCAGCUCAUCCUCUGCUGAAAAAGUGAAGGAGAACAAAGAUGUUGCACAGCCCCUGAAGGACUUUGGUCUUAGGAUCAGUAAACUGUUGAGUCUCGAUGAACAGCAGAGUGUGCAGCUUUUACAGUGCUACCUACAAGAGGACUACAGAGGAACACGCGAUUCGUUAAAGGUUGUUCUCAAGGAUGACCGGCAAAGCCAGGCACUGCUGCUUAAGAUGGCUGACUAUUACUAUGAGGAGCGCAUGUGUCUGCUUAGAUGCGUCCUCCUCCUGCUCACAUAUUUUCAGGAUGAACGACAUCCAUACAGGGCUGAGUAUAGUAACUGUGUCAAUAAGCUGGAGAAGGACCUGGUGAACAACUACCAGUUGCAGUUUGAGAGUCUCUUCAAGGCAGAGGCACCAACAUGGGAAACUCAUGGAAACCUCAUGACGGAGAGGCAGGUGUCACGAUGGUUCCUGCAGUGUCUGAGAGAACAGUCUCUGCUGCUGGAGAUCAUCUUUCUGUAUUACGCUUACUUUGAGAUGAACCCAUCUGAUCUUCUGAGCUACACCAAGAUGUUCAAAGAACAAGGCUUUGGUUUACGGCAGACUAACAGACACCUCGUAGAUAAGAGCAUGGAUGCACUGGUCGAUCGGAUCGGAUACCUGAGCGCACUCAUCCUGGUUGAAGGAAUGGACAUAGACUUCCUGCACAAGUGUGCCCUGGAGGAUUGUACAGAUCAGCACCAGUUCUCCAGCGCUCCUGAUGUCAUUAAGGAAAUGGAUCAGCUGCUGCUGACAUUUGGUGACAUCCCUCAUCACGCACCAGUUCUGUUAGCCUGGGUCCUGCUAAGACACACACUGAGACCAGAUGAUACCAGCCCUGUGAUCAGGAGGAUAGGCAACACCGCCCUCCAGCAGGGUGUUUUCAAGUACCUUUCAACCAUGCUGAAAGGUCUUGGAGUCUCAGGGAAUAAUUGUACAGCAAGCACAGCAAAGAUGUGCGUCUAUGGCCUCCUCUCAUUUGUGAUCACUUCUUUUGAAGAAGAAAGUUUACAGACUGACGGUGUGGCGACUCAGAGCUCCCACCUUAUUGAUGCUGCCUGUGAGGUCCUUUCUGCUCCCAGUCUGGCUGAAGUCUUCUGGGAAUUGAAACCUAACAUGGGUUUGGGAAUGAUCUUGGACAGCGCAGUUGGGAUGUUCCCUCAUAAGAUUGGACCUCUGCUGCAGCUUCUAACUGCGCUGCUUUCAAACAAGUCGACGGUUAAAAAGGUGUACAACUUCUUGGAUAAAAUGUCCUUCUACACACAAGUUUACAAGCAUAAGCCCAACGAUGUCCUCUCCAAUGAUGAUGAGACUCUGUGGAGGAGACAAACUCCAAAACUCCUCUACCCUCUCGGCACAGGCCAGACUAACCUGUGGAUGCCACAGGGAGUGCUGGGGCAGGUGAUGAUUGCAGGUGAUCAGGGCUACGUGGUACGCUGGGAGCAUUCCUACAGCUCCUGGACUCUCUUCACAUGUGAGGUGGAGAUGCUGCUCCACGUUGUUUCAACUGCAGAUGUCAUAGCCCACUGUGCACGUGUGAAGCCCAUCCUGGAUCUGGUCCAUAAGAUCAUCAGCACAGAUUGGACUGUGUCCGACUGCCUGCUGCCUCUCACUUCACGCAUUUACAUGUUGCUGCAGAGGUUAACAUCCGUCAUCAACCCCCCAGUGGAUGUGAUUGCUUCCUGUGUAAACUGCCUCUCCGUGCUGGCUGCAAGGAUGCCAGGGAAGGUGUGGUCCAGUCUGCACCACACUGGCUUCCUCCCCUUUGCUUCGAACCCUUUGACCAGCAUGGCUCAGUGCAUAAGUGCUGAGGGGAUGAAGGCAGGUAACUAUGGUAACCUGCUGGUUCAGAUUGAGCAGCCCAGGGGAGAGUAUGCUGUGACUAUUGCCUUCCUUCGUCUCCUUACAACUCUGGUCAAGGGUCAGCUUGGCAGCACUCAGAACAAAGGUCUGAUCCCUUGUGUGCUGCUGGUUUUGAAGGAGAUGCUGCCCACGUACCAUAAGUGGCGUUACAACACCUAUGGAGUCAGAGAGAGGAUAGGUUGUCUUAUUUUGGAGCUGAUCCAUGCCAUUCUCAAUCUGAGCCCAGAGGGAGAGGACCAGGGCAGCACUCCCAGCCUGCAGUCUCUGUGUAUCUACAGCCUGGCAAAUACAGAAGCUGGACAAGCAGUUGUCAAUAUAAUGGGAGUUGGAGUGGACACCAUAGAUGUGGUCUUGGCUGCACAACCCAGCAGCUGUGGCUCUGAGGGUCCUGGUCAGAUUCUGAUCCAGACUGUCAAACUGGCCUUUUCUGUCACAAACAACGUCAUCCGUCUGAAGCCACCAUCGGACACCGUGUCCCCGCUGGAGCAGGCGCUGACACAACAUGGUGGUCAUGGCAAUAAUCUAAUAGUUGUCCUAGCUAAGUAUAUCUACCACAAACACGAUCCAGCGCUUCCUCGUCUCGCAAUCCAGCUGCUCAAAAGGCUCGCCACAGUGGCUCCCAUGUCGGUCUACGCUUGCCUUGGCAGCGACGCAGCAGCCAUCCGUGAUGCGUUCCUCACUCGGCUGCAGAGCAAAACAGAAGACAUGAGGAUCAAGGUCAUGAUACUCGAGUUCCUCACCGUGGCUGUGGAAACCCAGCCUGGCCUCAUUGAGCUUUUCCUCAACCUGGAGGUCAAAGAUGGAAGUGAGGGGUCAAAGGAGUUUCUGCUGGGUGAGUGGAGCUGUCUUCAUGUCGUGUUGGACCUGAUUGACUCCAAACAGCAGGGGAAAUAUUGGUGCCCCCCACUGCUCCACCGAGCAGCCCUGGCCUUCCUGCUGGCCCUCUGGCAGGAUCGUAGGGAUAGUGCCAUCUCUGUGUUGCGUACCAAAGAGCGGUUUUGGGAGAAUUUGACAACACCUCUUUUUGGAACCCUCACUCCACCUUCAGACACCACAGAGCCUUGCGUUCUGGAGACCUGUGCGUUUGUCAUGAAAAUCAUUGGGCUGGAGAUCUACUAUGUUGUCAGCGGUUCUUUGGAACAGUCCUUAAAGGACGGGCUUCAGAAGUUCUCCAAUGCACGGCGCUAUGAGUACUGGUCGCAGUACGUCAAGUCACUGGUGUGCCAUGUGGCGGAGAUGGAGGAAGAAGGCAUCUGCUACUUCACAGAGGCCCAGAUGUUGAUCUCUGCCUGGCGGAUGCUGCUGAUUCUUUCCACUAGUCAUUCUGAUGUGAUGCAGUUAGCAGAGGAUUCAACUAAGCUGAUGCUUUUCAUGGAUGUCCUAGAUGGGACUAAAGCUGCUUUGACAACACCUACGUCUGUUCCUUGUCUUCGUCUUGGAUCAAUGAUGGCUACUCUACUUCUCAUCCUCCUUAAACAGUGGAGAAGUGUGGUAGCAUCAGCUCCGGACAUCCUGUCUCCCCUCUCCCUCAUCCUGGAGAGUGUCUUGCAGGCUGACCAGCAGAUGAUGGAGAGGACCAAAGCCAAAAUCUUCUCCGCACUCAUUUCUGUGCUGCAGAUUCAGGGACUUGAUGGUGGAGACAUUUCCCAGCUGCCCCAGUUGUUGCUUUCUGUAUGUGAGACGGUGAAAGACGAGGCCCUGGUUCUCAUUGACAACAUGCGGCACACGAGCCAGUUGGGAGACACGGUGGAGGAUGAGGACAGCAUGGAGACAGACUCUCCUCGUGGCCCGCAGAAGGACCAGAGAGACGGGGUGUGUGUUCUGGCGCUUCACUUGGCGAAGGAGCUGUGUCGCACUGAUGAGGAUGGUGAGCACUGGGUCUCGGUGAUGAGGAAGGUUCCGCUCCUCCCCUCUGUGCUCAGUGCCGUUGAACUGAGCCUUCGCAUGAAACGCAACCUGUACUUUACUGAGGCUGCACUUCACCUGCUGCUCACGCUGGCCCGUACUCCUCAGGGGGCUGCAGCUGUUGCUGGAGCAGGAGUCACUCAGACUAUCUGCCUCCCUCUUUUGAGUGUAUAUGAGGUCUCAUCAAAUGGCACGUCACAGAGUUUCUCCCGGAAGUCCCAGGACUUGACCUGCUGGCCUGGGGUGUACCGUCUCUGCAUGUCUUUAAUGGAGAGUCUGCUUAAGACUCUGCGCUACAACUUCAUCAACGAAGCCCUGGACUUUGUUGGAGUACAUCAAGAACGUAUACUACAGUGUCUGAAUGCAGUGCGAACCGUGCAGAGCCUGGCCUGUCUGGAUGAGGCCGAUCACACAGUUGGUUUUCUGCUGCAGCUCUCGAGCUUCUGUAAGGAGUUGCAGUUUCACCUCCCCAAACUGCUCAGAGAUGUUCAGGUAAACCUGUGUUAUCUGUGCCAGACCUGCACCCAUCUGCUCCACAGUAAAAAGAUGCUUCAUCACUACCUCCAGGCUAAAAAUGGCGAAGCUUUGCCCCCUGGUCCCCUACCCAGGACACAGCAGCCGCCUCAAACAUUGACUAAAGAGGCAGCAGGUGGAGGGGAGAGGGAGGAGGCUGAGCAGAAGGCCCUGCUGGCUGUGCAGUGCAGUCUUCUGAAGAUCCUCAGCAAAACCCUGGCAACUCUGCAGCACUUCACCCCAGACUGCUGCCAAAUACUCCUGGACCAGUGUAUGGACUUGGCUGAGUACAGGACGCUGUUUGUGCUCAGCUUCACAACUCCGGCUUUUGACCCCGAUGUGGCUCCUUCAUUUGGGACGCUGCUGGCCACCAUCAAUGUCUGCCUGAGCAUGCUGAGCGAGAUGGAGAAGAAGAAGGAGCCGGUUUCCCUGAGCAUAGCUUCACUAGCUUCAUCAGAGGAGAUCCAAGCACUGAAGUCUCUCCUGAUGUUCACCAUGGAGAACUGUUUCUACGUGCUGAUCUCUCAGGCUGUUCGGUGUCUCAAAGAUCCCUCCAUCCUCCCUCGAGACAAACAGAGGCUCAAGCAAGAGCUCAGCUCAGAACUGAGCACUCUCCUCUCAAGCUUAUCCCGCCACUUCCGGAGGGGCUCUCCAUCAUCUCCUGCCAGCGGCAUCCUCCCCUCCACCCAGUCCAAACCACCUACGCCUGGCUCCAAGGCGAGCCACGAGGGUCAGGAGCCGUUCAUCCAGCUCGUUCAAGCUUUUGUCAGACUCGUGCAGAGAUAGGUGUGGAUUUUGUUACGAGACGCAAAUCUAAAACACAGGCAGUUUUUUUUUUUCUUUCUAGUGGCACAAAUAUGGGUCCUACUGUGAGGAUGUUGUCUAAUAAUUGGAGCCAAACUUCUUUUGGGACUGUAAAAAUACAGAAUUCUGAACAAACUGUUACAUGACUGCAACCAAAGUGUUGAUGUUAAAAGGUCAACACAAGAAGCUGCCUGAUAUCUUCAUCAUUAUGAAGAAGUUAGUCUGUUGAGAUGUUGGUGCUAUCAGUAAACAAUAAACAUCAGUCAGUGACUGUGGUCCAGUUUUGUGACCUAGUUUUAUAGGUUACUUUGACAACCCAGAAGGACCAGACACGUUUCAAGUGCUACUUACAAAAAUCAGACUUUUAUCAGAUGAUCGUUUUAGUCUGUGUGUAAUAGAAGACCCCUGACCUGUAAAGAUGUUCAGAACUUUUCUAAUUCUCAUUUUCAUGUCUUUCACAUCUUGAACUUAUUUGUGCUCCUCCGUGUUUGAAGUGGCCGCUGUGAUUUCUACUUAAAAAAAAAAAAAAACCAUAUAUAAUACUAAUAAAGGAACUUUUGUAACACAA